AUGGAGAAAUCGCAAUCCGAAGACUACCUCAAGUCUCUCCUCAACAAGAACCUUCGUAUUACAACCUCCGACUCACGCAUGUUCCUCGGUCAAUUCAAAGCAACAGAUUCCGAUCGCAACAUCAUCCUCGGCCAAACCUUCGAAUACCGCAUCCCUCCCCCGCCAAAGCACGUAGAGCAAGGGGCAGAACCCGUCACGGUGGAUAUGGCCAGUCGGUAUCUGGGUCUGGUCGCCAUCCCCGGGGGAUGCAUCACGAAAAUCGAAGUUGAGGAGUUUGCCAGCCAGAUGAAAGGAAAUAGGUAA